AUGGGAAUAGAUUCUAGGCAGGGUCAUCCAUCCUUUCAAGUCUCAAAUGGGGAGGGCAUUAAGGAGGUAGAGGAAUGCCAUCCACCCCUGAAGAUUGAUUCUGAAGCAAUUGCAGAAUGUGAGAAUGAACGAGUAGCUAAGGAAAUUAACGUCAUUGCCAAUUUUGUAGGGGAAGAAGUAGUCAACGACCUAAUGGAACAAUUUGUAGAUGAGGUCUGUGAUGCUGAGGAAUUGGAAAGACAAAUGGAACUCUAUAAUAGGGACAAAGCUCGGGUCUGGUUGGAACUUGAGGCUUUCCUUAGAAUUCAUCUGAACGAAGUUUGUAUCAUUGGUGGAGACUUCAAUGCCAUCACUAAGGUAGAAGACAAAAGAGGAGGCAGUAUCAAGCUCCCUCUAGCGGCUGUAGACUUCAAUCACUGGAUCAAUAGGAAUUCUCUGAUGGAAAUCCAGAUGACAGAGAAUGCCUUUACAUGGAACAACAGAAGGAUAGGUUUAUGUAACAUUGCAGAGAAACUGGAUAGGUUCUUUAUCCAUGGGGGGCUCUCGGAGUUCAAUCACACCAUGGAAGCAGAGCCUCUUCCUUUAUCAGGUUCUGACCACUUUCCACUUCAACUUAACAUAUUGUCAGAUCACUCUCCUAGAAAAUGCCCCUUCAAAUUUGAAAGCAUGUGGUUCAGAGAUGAUAACAUCAUAAACCUAAUUGAAAAGUGGUGGAGUGGCUCAGUGUUCUUAGGUUCGAAAAUGUUUAUUAUGGCAAACAAGCUAAAGCUUAUCAAGAGGAAGCUCUUGGAGUGGAAUAGGAUUAAUUUUGGUAAUAUUUUCGAUAAGAAACUCUCAAUAGAAAAUGAUCUUAAGGAUGUUAACACUGAAGUGCUGGAGAAGGGGAUGGAUGAACAUCUCUUCCUUAAGGAAAAAUCAUUACUCUUUGAGUAUGAAAAGAUUAUGUCAAAUGAAGAGAUUUACUGGAGACAAAAAUCAAGGGAGACUUGGUUGAAUGAUGGGGAUUGCAACACCAAGUUCUUCCACAAUAGCACCAAGUAA